CAGAUGAGAAGGGUGGUACUCGCGCACCUGCAGAACAAAAUAAGAUGUUGGCCCCAAACACCCUCCAGCCUUUGAAAGAACCCUUCAUCACGGUAAAGUCUAAAUUUCAAUUCGACAACGCAGGUAUACAACUGGGUGCAAUUAAUCACCUGUGGCUAUGGGCAACAGGUUUAGAUUCCACAGCACCUAAACCUGUUGCCCUUGCUGUGGAAUCUCCGGUUUUCAGCGGGUUGGAUUACAUGAGGUGCUGGUGGCUAUCCUCCAAAAUAGCCAACAUAACCUGA